AUGAAGGCCUUUGCCACUCUCGCCGCCGCCCUUGUCGGCCUGGCAUCCGUCUCGAGCUGCCACAUGGAGAUGAAAGACCCGCCGCCGUUCCGGUCCAAGUUCAACAAGUUCUCCAAGAGUGCCGACUACGACAUGACGGCGCCCCUCUCCGCCGCCGGUGGCAACUACCCCUGCAAGGGUUACCAAUCGCUCUUUGGCACGGCCGAGGGAAAGCCUGUCGCCACCUGGGUCCCCGGAAAGUCGUACAGCAUGACCAUCACCGGCGGCGCUUCGCACGGCGGCGGCAGCUGCCAGGCGGCCAUUUCGCUCGACCGCGGCAAGACCUUCAAGGUGAUCCAUUCUUUCAUCGGCAACUGUCCCGGCACCGGUGAAUCGUCCUUUCAGUUCACGCUGCCGAGCGACACGCCCUCGGGGGAUAUGAUCUUUGCCUGGACCUGGUUCAACCAGAUCGGCAACCGCGAGAUGUACAUGAACUGCGCCGCCAUCACCGUCAGCGGCGGCGGCGACAGCAAGAUCAAGAAGGUCCGCGGCCUGUCGGGACCUUUCAGCAGCCGACCCAACAUCUUUGUCGCCAACGUCGCCAACGGCUGCACAACCAAGGAGGGGUCUGAUGUCGACUUCCCUCAGCCUGGCCCGGAUGUCACCAAAAACUCGCAGAAAAUCGUGCCGCCUACAGGAAACUGCCCCUCCGAGGGGGGCACCGCCGGCGGCAAGUAUCCGGUCGGAGGUGGAGCCCGGCAGCCUGGAAAUGGCGUCGAAAACAACGUGAGCUCACCCAACGCAGGGAACCAGCCGCAGCCGUCGCGGACGCCCCAAGGCGGCUACGGCUCUCAACCCAAUGGAAGCAGAGUCAGCUGCGGGCAGCGAGGCCGCCAAGCCUGA